AAUUACUUAACUAGACCCUUAAUUGAACUGCUAAUUUGCUUAAUUAGACAUUUGUUCCCUGUUUUCCAGAGCUUUGCAGUGUUUGCUUACUGUAGCGGGUGCUGCUCGCUCUAGUUACUGAGCGCGGUUCACAGGCGCUGCUGUGUUGAUCUUGUGAAGGUGAUCAAGUGAUUCGCAUCAUCCCAUCUGUAUCUCAUGAUCCACACAAGCACGUCGCCGAUUAUCAUUCCCAGGACUGGAAAACAUUUUUUUCGUUCAAGCCCUGGGGAGUCACAGCAGCCCCUCGGUUGAAGCCACAUCCCCGCCCCACUGCCCGGCUCCUCUCCUCUGAUGAAUCGGUCAGACUCGACCGUGCAGCUGCGACCGCGGGUCCCGUUACCGGCUCUUCUGUGCUGUUAUGAAGAGGAUGGCCAGCGCUUGCCUGUUUGCUCUGACUCUGCUUCUAACCAUUUCAUUGGCGGUGGUGGUGCCCCGGACUCCAGUGACGUCACCUCCAGGCAGUGAUGUCACUCUCAGCUGCUCUUUCUCCUAUAAAGAGGGGGCUGGUCUCAGAGGAUUGUUGGUUACCUGGCAACGCCCUCCUGCCGAUCGCGUGGUCCACAGUUUCUAUUACGGUCGAGACCAGCUGGAUCUGCAGAAUGAAGCCUACAGGAAUCGGACCCAGCUGUUCCCAGAGCAGCUCAGUGUGGGGAACGCCUCCCUCAGACUGAAACAGGUGCGGGGGGAGGAUGAGGGCCUGUACACCUGCGCUGUGACCAACCAAGUGGAGAGCAGCAGGGGAGACGUGCAGCUCCUAGUGGCAGCUGAAUUCAAUGAGCCUCGCUUGACCGUGGACUUGGCGAUGCCUCUUGAUUGGGUGGUGUUGAGAUUCAGUGCCUGGGGCGGGUACCCUGAGGCCAGGGUGGAGCGGCUCAACGAGACUGGACAGAGGAUCACCCAGCUCAGCCACACCAAUCAGUCCCUGCAGCCCAACGGCUGCUACAGCAUCUCCAGCAGCAUGGUCCUGCCCAGCUCUCUGGAAGCCAGGUACACCUUCGUGCUGAUUCACAGUGUGCUGGAGCAGAGGCUGACCAGAAACCUGACUGUCACAGCUCCUCCUCUGGUGAUGGGAAUGCACCAGAGCCAGUUUUGGAUCCUCCUAGUCAUGGUUCCAGUGACGGUCUCCCUGCUGAUGCUGGUUUCGAUCACUGUGAUGACACGUCGUGGGCAGCGCUCGGCCGCUGCACCGGACUGUUGA